CGUACGUACGUACCUACUGAUCAUGCCUUCCGUAUGUUUUGUCCUAACCAUGCUCUCCAAUCACAAACUCCACGCGCUCGAUCUCGGUGUGCCCACGAAUCUCGAGGACUCGCUACACACAAAGCCAGCGCGGGAGCCGCACGAUGCGAACAGGAGUAUGCAGGCCAUCGCGGACCUGACGAGUAAAGACGGUGAAACACGAAGGCAGGCACAAGCUACGACCGUCUCCAAGUCCAGAGAACGAUCCAAGAAACGACAUUAUUUAGACCCCAAUCCUAUUCGGGAGCGUGGAGUGGGCCGCGGGAAGUAA